AUAGCUCAGCCAAUUCUAUAAAAAAGGAAAACAUGUCGAAGCAGACAGAUGGAGAAGGAAGGGCAGAGAAAACAAAAGGAGAGAAAAGCAAAAUCAAAAUCGAAACAACAACUGCACAAAACUGAUAAGCAUGGCUUCUAGGGACAAAACAAGAGCGUCUCUGGAACAGACUUUGCAACAACUUCGCGAUGUCACGAACUCCACUGCACUGAACAAAGCUUCAAUCAUUGUAGAUGCCUCAAAAUACAUAGAGGAGUUGAAACAAAAAGUGGAGGGACUGAACUCGGAGCUGGGGAUCACGGAAUCAUCUUCAAACUCUCAAAUUCAUGAACUACCUGCGGUAACUGUGAAAACCCUAGAAAAGGGUUUCCUCAUUAAUGUGCUUUUGGAGAAGAAUAGCCCUGGUAUGCUCGUGUCCGUACUUGAAGCCUUCGAAGAACUUGGCCUUGAUGUGCUUGAUGCUAGGGUUUCUUGUGAAGACAGUUUCCAGCUAGAAGCCGUGGGAAGAGAAAGUCACAAGAACGACAGUGUUGACGCGCAAAUGGUAAAGCAAGCAGUGUUGCGAGCAAUGAAGAAGGAGGAGUAAUUAAUGAAAGCACACGGAUUAGAAAAAAACGAAACAAAAAAAAUGAAGUACCGUUUUUGUCUUGUUUAACCUUUAAAAUUUGCACAUGAACUCAAAGAAUUGGUGAUUUCAUGUUCUGCCAAAACCUCACGAGGUACCUCUUCAAUGAUCCUUACGUAUUGAUAUGGCUUAUCAACA